CUAAGUUCCUAGCUACUUCCUAUAGCGAGUGAACACAAGAGGACUUGAUAGUCAACUAAUUGCAAUGUGCAUUGACUCAAACAAAAUUCAACCAAUCAUAAGAACGACUUUCUGAUCUGUUUCUUACUCUAAGAUUUGCAAUAUCUAAAGGAAAUCCUCUUUCUUUCUCUCUUCCGGAUCAGCGGAUUCAGAGGGAUCAGGUGAAGUCCCCCCUUCUCGUUGGCACGGAUAAAUCGGUUACAUCUUGUUCCUACUACUGCCGAGUAGAGGACUUCGUCUCAGCUUGAUGAAUCGCAUCCCUGCACACCAGUCUAGGGAAAGCUUCUAUCUAAAGUGAUAGUGAUCCAUCGCCUUGACCUGAGUCUCCACCAUAUCUAUUCCCUACCUCUCUCUCUUUUUUGGCUAUAUUUGACCUUGCUAGCUAGUUUUGCAUUUCCGUUGACGGUACUGAUAUAUUGUCUCUUCUCGUAUUUUCGAUCUUCUUGAGCCGAGGGUCUAUUGGAAACAGCAUCUUUGCCCCAUAGGGGUAGUUGUUGUUGUUGCUAACUAGUUUUGCAAAAAUGGGAGAGGAGAAUUGUUGGGAGAGAGAGGUAGUGAUAACUGAGCUAACUAAGGGGAGGGAAUUGAUGUGUCAGUUGCAAAAGCAAUUUGAUCCCAUGAAACAGGAGGUAUGCCAGUAUUUAUCUGUGGAAAUACUUUCUUCCUAUGAUAAAGCUCUGUCCCUCUUAAAUGGCACAGCUUUAUCAGGGAUGAACAAAGGUAAACAGAUUAGUAAUCCAGCACCAUCUUCAUCAACUGGCAAGCUGGAAUCUCUGCAUCUUCUGGCUGAUGCUAGCACAAAGAGUUCUGACCGUCCCUGCAACUCCAGGAAGAGGAAGAUGGUGUCGCGAAGGACAGAGUACGUACAUGCUCGAUCUGGAGAAGAGGUUCCACCUGAGGAUGGAUACAGUUGGAGGAAAUAUGGACACAAAUAUAUUUUAGGGGCAAAACACCCCAGAGAAUAUUAUCGAUGUGCUCGUCGUCGUUUAUCUAGUUGUACUGCUACUAAGAUGGUCCAGCGAAGUGAGACAGAGGCAUCAGUUUUUGAAGUUAUCUAUGGAGGAAGUCACAGUUGUGGUCAAGAAAGCAAACUGCAGCAAAAUGGAGAAUUAGUUGCUGCACUAACAAAAGAAACACAAUGUGAUGAAGUUGGAAGAGGAGGAGAAAUAUCUGAAUCCUAUUUCACUGAGAUGGUUUCAACCCCAAAUACUUCAUUCAAUAAUUCCUCAACAGGGAUAGUAAACUCCAAUUCAAUCCUCAACAUGACCAAUUCUGAUAUCAUGACAACACCAACUUCAGCACAUGCAGAGGGGAAUUCCUCAGCUGAGGAUCUUUGGACUACAUUUUUUUCUACCUUGAAAUGAGAUUGAUAGUCAAGUAACUAUCUAGUCCAGAUAAAAGCUUCUUUUUGGAGGACUUGCAGGUUCUUUUUUAUGACGGUGGUAUCCGAACCAUCUUGCUCGCACCUCGACUAAUUCCACAGGGUACCUGCUACCUCUCAACAGCAUAGGUAUCGGAUAACUUUAUCCACCAAAACUUGGGCAGAUGAGAAGAGAUCACCUAAUAUUUUUUUCCUCUGUUGAACUUGCAGGGCUUUAUUCUAUCAAUAUAUUGAUAAUUAUUGAUGAAUUUACUAUGUCAAUAAUGGCUCGUUUGGUAUGAGGGAUAGGGGACAGUUAAUACCGGGAUUAAAUUUGAGAUGAGUUUAUUCCAUGUUUGGUUGGGAUAAAAUCAUGGUAUACGGAUUAGUGAUCCCGUAGCAGUACAGUAACAUACAUGUCAAUAAUGUAAUGCAAGUUUUUGACAUCAAAUACAUCAAUUUAUAUUUAUAGGGCU